UUUGACAAAAUACCAACCAACGAAAGCCGAAGAAAAAGGGGGAGUUUAUUAAAGAAGAGAAAUUCAGAAAAAUUAGUUGUAAAGUUAUUUAGACAAGAUUCGAGUGAUAUUUAAAUAAAAAUGGAAUAUGAAAGUGUUUUAAUUGUAAAGCCAGAAGUAUUUAUUUACAAAAUCCCACCACGCGCCAGCAACAGAGGUUACAGAGCUGCGGAUUGGAAUCUGGGCGAGCCGACAUGGACCGGCCGUAUGCGAUUGGUGGCUAAAGGUACAGCAUGUAAUUUAAAGUUGGAGGAUAAAAAUACCGGCGCGCUUUUUGCAAAUUGCCCAAUUGAUACAUAUCCUGGUGUUGCUAUAGAAGCGGUUUCGGAUAGUUCACGUUACUUCGUAAUACGCGUACAAGAUGAUAACGGUCGUUCUGCCUUUUUGGGCCUUGGUUUUGGAGAUCGUUCGGACUCUUUUGACCUGAAUGUAGCAUUACAAGAUCACUUCAAAUGGGUGAAAAAUCAAGAGCAAAUUGAGAAGGAGAAAACAGAGCCUAAGCAGCAAUUGGAUUUGGGAUUCAAAGAAGGCGAAACCAUUAAAAUUAACAUGCGAAUAACAAAAAAAGAUGGAUCUGAAGGCACUGGUCGCGCUGGCAAAGCUAAGCCGUCUUCUGGUAUUUUGCCACCACCACCGGGGGGUAUUGGCAAGAUUGCACCACCGCCUUCAGGAGCUAGUGGCUCUGUACGACAAAGUCCGGGUACAUCGCCUGCACACAAAGCACCGGGUGGACCAGGCAGCGAAUGGACGGACUACGCCUCAGCAGGUGGGCAAGCCCAACCACAACAACAACAAAAUGCUGCUAAUGCAAACUGGGUGCAAUUCUAAGUAGGUUUAAACAAACAUUUACAUAUACACACACAAAUUCAUGCAGAGCUACAUAAAAACAAAUGUGUACGUCAAAAAAGCAAAAAAAAAAAAAAAUACUAAAACCAGAAGGGUAAUACGUCAAGCGUUUAAGUGAAUUAAACAAAGAGCUUUCGUUCAAAAUCGUAUAAAAUAUAAUUUGUUGCAUACAAGUUAGUUAACGCGAGUGUAAGUUUAUGUAAUCUUAAACAUUCGAUAUCGACAAUUUAACGAAAUUUAUGAAAUUAGCAAAAAGUUAAACUGUAAUCAAGCCAGUUCAUGGUAUAGCGAAAUAUAAAAGAAAACAAAACAUGGCAAAUGUGUAUGUAUAACUUGUUAAUGUAAUGUAAAAAUAAUUAUUAAAAAGUUCAGUUCAUUUUUUAGUAAAAUU